GAUUUGUGUUCCAUAUCGUCAUUCUAGAAGUAUCUUCCUAAUCGUAGGAAAUAAAGUGUCAACUAGUAUAUUUUUUGUUUAUUAUAGAAGAUAUAGUUUAUACUUCCGAAAAACAUGGUAAUGAUGAAACAGGUGAUGGCAGCGAAACCAAGCCGUUCAAAACUGUAUUACAAGUAAAUAUGAUUUCAGAAAAUGACAAACAAAAGACACUAAUAAUAUCUCUGUUAAAUACUAGUGAUAAUUCAACAUCGUAGAUAUUAACUUUCGAUUCUUGAAACUUCAAAUUUUCUUAAUUAUAAUGAAAAACACGUACUCAAUUGUAUUCUUUUAGGUAUUGAGAAUGAUGCUAGGAGAUACAGAUGGAAAAACUAUUUUUGUCGAUUCAAAAGAUGGUGCUAAUGUAAAUAACCACAAAGAAUUUCUUUCAACACUGACGAGGAACAUUGACAGUGAUUAAUGCCAAUCUUGCUCAUCUUCUGUCAAUUGAUAGGGUCUAUAGUAAUGAGAAAAAGACCAUUCAAGUCUGAAAUCUUUAGCGCAACUAGGCAAUGAUCAGAUGUAUUUAAGAGAAAAUUUCACGUCUAAACAAUGCUUUGUCGAUGAGAUAUGAAAAACACAAAAAAAUGAGAUGUACAACAUAAUGUGUUACCUAUGAAGAAACUUAAAUCGUCUUUAUCUCAGCAAGGAUGCACGAUCAGUCCAAAUCCUUUUUUGAUCUUUUUCUCAUCACUCUAGACCCUGCCAAUUGACAGAAGAUGAGCAAGAUUGGUGUUAAUCACCCGAAAAUGUUGCCUUGUAAACUGAUGUGCUUUGAGGCAAUAAAGUUUUGUAUUUUUUAAUUAAGGAACGUUUUCAACCUAUAUCAAAAUCACAAUUAAAAAAAGUGAGAGGAAUAUAUGAUGAUGAAAUGAGAAAAGAAGAAAAAUCCACAUUACGUGAACAAGAAGAUGCCGAACGUCGUGAAAGGAAUUUGGAAUAUGCAAAAAAUGUUGUUAUUACAGAAGAUACAAAAUUACCACAAGCAAAAGUUGUAUGUAUUAUGUUAUAUAAAAUUGUUGUGAAAUUAAAAGUGAAAAUCAGACAGGUACAAAAUCAUCACGACAAACGUGUAAAAGUGUUUGGUUGGGUUCAUCGUAUUCGUCGACAAGGAAAAAAUUUAAUGUUUAUAGUUUUACGCGAUGGUACUGGCUUUUUACAAUGUGUUUUAGAUCACAUGCUUUGUCGAACUUAUGAUGCAUUAAUAUUAUCGACAGAAGCAACUGUUUCAAUCUGUGGCAUUGUUAAUAGUGUACCAGAAGGCAAAAGUGCACCAGGAAAUCAAGAAAUGAUAGCUGAUUAUUGGGAAGUUAUUGGACAUUCACCAUCUGGUG